UUUUAUUCCAGCCCCAUGUUUUAUCUAAGUUGGCAACAAGUAAGAAUGUUUUUUUGUGAACUAUAAUUUUAAACAUAAUUUUAGUAAUCAUGCCAGAGGAAAACCGUGUGCGGCUCCUUAUAAAUACUGCAUUAUAAUCAUCUUUCAGAGUGCACAGAGGUUAGUUAUGGUUUAUAGUGGGAAUUUUUCAGUAAAGACUGAGACAUCCUCAAGAUUUUGAGUGACAGUGAAUUGAGACGUGUCUUCUCUAAUUUCUGAAUGUUCUAUCAACACUCCUGCUUUCCUUAAGCCCUGGCAGAGCCACUGCAAUAAACUAACAAGGCUAUCCAGUUUCCUUUCAUGAAAUAAGAGCUUUUUUAAUGUAUUUUUAGAGAGGCAGAAAGAAGUUAGCACACAGUGAUGAAUUAGAUUUCAAUUUAUUUGACUUCAUUCCCAGCUCGCUGCAUUAGAGCCUGCAAACAGCCAUCUCCAGCAGUCCGUCCACUUGAUUCUUAUUAGGUUUCAAAAACCAAGGCGAGGGAAUUGCAUUAGUGUAUCUUAAGUUAAAAGCUCUUUGCUCUUUGACCAAGUGUUUCAUUGUUAUUGGGUUAAUCACAUUUUUGCUGUCUUCAUGGAGAUGCUAUCAGAGGCUAUAGAGGCAGUGAUGGGUAACCAAAGCAGCCCCGCACAGACACUAUCCAGAUGGGAUCAGCUUACGGUAAUUUGGUUUCAGAAUACAUUACCAGAAGAGGAUCCUGGCUGAGGAUGGCCACACUGCUGUGAGCCAGGAGCUGGUGGCCUGUGGAGCUCCACCGUGCAGCCAUCCCAGCCCACUCCCACCAUUUUUAACUCCUAAAGCUUUUAGAAGGGCUUUGUUGUCCAAUUCAUUAGAGAGAUUCCUGACUCCAAUGGCUACGCUGGAGCCGUCACAUUUCUGGCUGCUGAACAGAAUGGCUGCUGAUGAACGGCAUCUGCCCUCCAGCUGUGGGUCCUACAUAAAGACAGAGCCAUCCAGUCCGUCUUCGGUCAUCGACACCGUCAGCCACCACAGCCCCAGUGGCAACUCGGAUGCCAGCGGAGGCUAUGUCAGCACCAUGAACAGCCACUCCAACGGCCUGGACUCUCCACCUAUGUUCACCCCCAGUGGGCUUGGCGCCGGCACCUGCCGCAAACGCUAUGAUGACUGCUCCAGCACCAUCAUGGAGGACUCAUCCAUAAAGUGCGAAUACAUGUUGAACUCCCUCCCCAAGAGGCUGUGCCUGGUCUGUGGAGAUAUAGCCUCGGGGUAUCACUAUGGGGUGGCCUCUUGUGAGGCCUGCAAAGCCUUUUUUAAAAGGACAAUACAAGGUAACAUAGAAUACAGCUGUCCCGCCACAAACGAAUGUGAGAUCACGAAACGGAGACGCAAAUCAUGUCAGGCUUGUCGCUUCAUGAAAUGCCUCAAAGUGGGGAUGCUCAAAGAAGGUAAGAAGAGAGUUCGUCUGGACCGUGUGCGAGGGGGCAGACAGAAAUACAAGCGGAGACUGGAUUCAGAAAACAAUCCAUAUCUGGGCUUGACACUCCCUCCUCCCACCAAAAAGCCCCUCACAAAGAUAGUGUCUCACCUGUUGGUGGCAGAGCCAGAGAAGAUCUAUGCAAUGCCUGACCCCACCAUGCCGGAGAGCGACAUCAAGGCUCUCACCACGCUGUGUGACCUGGCUGACCGCGAGCUGGUGGUGAUAAUCGGCUGGGCUAAACACAUUCCAGGUUUCUCCACUCUGUCUUUGGGAGAUCAGAUGAGCCUGCUGCAGAGCGCCUGGAUGGAGAUCCUCAUCCUCAGUAUUGUGUUCCGCUCGUUGCCGUACGAAGACGAGCUGGUGUACGCCGAGGACUACAUCAUGGAUGAAGAGCACUCGCGCCUGACGGGGCUGCUCGACCUCUACGUCUCCAUACUGCAGCUUGUCCGCAAAUACAAGAAGCUCAAAGUGGAGAAGGAGGAGUUUGUAACCCUCAAAGCCAUCGCUCUCGCCAACUCAGCAGAUUCCAUGCACAUAGAGGACAUGGAGGCAGUCCAGAAGCUUCAGGAUGCUCUCCACGAGGCCCUGCAGGACUUUGAGUGCAGUCAGCAUCAGGAGGACCCCCGACGGGCCGGAAAACUGCUCAUGACCCUGCCCCUGCUGAGGCAGACUGCCACCAAGGCCGUGCAGCACUUUUACAGCAUCAAGGUGCAGGGCAAGGUGCCCAUGCACAAACUCUUUCUGGAAAUGCUGGAGGCCAAGGUCUGAUUGAAGGGUGGCACCCUGGCCACGGCUUUGGUGGAAGCUGCAUUGAGGGAAGGAAGAGACUUGAACCAAGAACGAGCCAUCUCAGAAGAGUGACAUCCCCUCAGAAGGACAGAGAUCGACCUCUUUUACUUCUGCUCUUCAUAAUAAACGGGGACUGUAAAAUAAAAUAAAAAAGCAAGAGAUGCAAAACUUGGUUAUAAGUAUAAAUACGAAAAUGAUGCAGAUUAAUUUAAAAUAUAUAAGAAAUAGUAUGUACAGUUAUAAUUCUUUGUUAAUUGUCAGUGGUCAUGCUCUGUAUGAACGAAGACCCUUGUACCCCUUUAGGAUCUUCAGAACAGAAGACAAAAAGCUUUUUUUUUUCCAGAAAACAUCAUAAAAAAUGUCUUCUCAAGAAAGUGAGAACUUUAUAGGCAGACUCGCCCAACUCUCAGCUGUGGUUUCGGUUGGACUUGGCCAGAACAUGUAAAUAUUUAUUAUUUGAAAGGGCAAAGUGUACAGUUUAAAGUUUGGGUGAACUUUUUUUUCUGUUGUACCCAUGAUCUCAUCCAGAAAAAAAAAAGAGCAAAAACUAAGAACAUUGUUACUUAAAUGUGAACUCCUAUCAGUUUAACUGUCCUUGAAUAUACCUCUCCACAGCUGUAAACAGUGUGACCUUUGUAGAUCUGUCAGCCUGGAAGACUUGCUGGUCCCACAUCUAUCCAAUCUAGCAGAGGCAGGUGAAAAAAAAGGUCAGGCAUCUUAUUCUGUAGUAACACAGCAAUAAUAAAGGGAGCUGUUGGGAAGCUGAGCAUUUUUCCUCUGUUUCAUGUGCUAUUCAAUGCUGCUGUUGCACAAAGACCAUGCCUGUGAGUGUCUCAGUUUAAACCGCAGGCGAUAACCCUGCGUUUAUGUAUCACAUUUCCCGUUUGACAGCGGUUGUGUCGAUUGUGUUGCUCACAUGGUACACUCCAGAUUUGGUUAAGCCUGUGAAAAUUGACAUUCAAACAGAUGACCCAGUCCAGUCUAUGGUAAAAGAUAAUGGGCGGGUGAGUUAUGGCAGUUUCAAAGGAUUGAUGCAGAGUGGCAGAAGUCCACAGGAUUCCUUGUUCAAACAAUCAGAGGCCCACAUGUCAGCCACUCUAUUUUGGGCACUUUUAAGCCUGUGGCAGAGUCAUAGCACUAGCAGGGAGCAAGUAGUCCAGCAUCUGCUCUCAACUUUUUAGACAGCUCCUGUCUUUUAAUAGCUCUGCCUGCAUUUAUAGAGCUUUAACCAAACAGAGGUACAUGGCAGGUGCAGAGUCAAAGCGGUGGCUCUUCACACGGGGGUUUAUUUCUAGCUGGCAGGAUACAGUUGUCCAGGCAGCCACAAGUUCACGUGGAACACUUGACUGCAUGUUUACACGGUGGCCACUGUGGAGCUCCGCCCAUGUCAUCAGCCUAGAGGGGGAAGAAAGGCAGCUGUGAGGGAAAGUCGGGAUGCCCGAGCAUGCACGUGUGACUAGCUAUGCAAGAAACAAAGUGUCAGCAAGCGUGGGAGGUUAACAGCAUCCUGACAGUGUGUCUGUACAAGGUGUGAUCUCUAGUGGGAGAAUGAUCUGACUCUCCCUUCUGAUCAAGCUUGUCCACAAGUCCUUUAUGCUGAGCGUUAGCAGCAGUGUAGUCCAACAGAACGGCACUCCAUUUAAGGUAGAAUCGUGCGUGAUUAAUUGUCCCAAAUGCCGGGAUCAAAGGUGUCCCUGAAAUUGUGCAGAGCAUUGUCGUAUUUGUGACAUCAAAGGGCAGCAGUGAACAUUCAGCCAGCAUGCCUUUUUACGUAGCAGCUUGAUUGGUCCCUCAGUGCAGGACAACUUCCCACCAUGAUCAAACUCCCACCUCCAAGUUCCACCAGCUGCUGUCCAGUUUGCAGGCUAACACUGAAAAGGGGUUAACCAACUAUUGUUACUUUUGUGCAAUACAGCAGGGACCAAUUCUGACUGAAGCCAUGUUAAAAGCAUGCUUAAGCUUACAUUUGGAAGAAUGUGUUGGCCAUACAGGGAAAUAUUCUAAACUCUUCUAAUCAAAAUUGUGUAAUCUGUGAAUCUAAACUAUAAUUAGGUGCAGUAAAAUAUAAUAAAAGCAUUUGGUGUUGGCCUGAGAUUCUAUCGAAAUCAAUAGAAUCACAAUAAUUUAUUUUGUUCUUUCCUAUGACUGUGUAUUAAGUAACAGACAUGUCAUCGCAAACUGUGUCUACAUGUGUACUGUAAAUAUAUAAACAUCAAAACAGUAGGAUUGCCGAAGAUAAAAGUAUGCAGCGCCCUGCUCACUAUACUACCUCAUUGUCAUGUUGUUAUUUUCCUGAUAAAAUAUUUUGUGCUCUGUAUUAUUCUCAUAUCCAGGAUGUACCUGAGCCAUCCAUUUUUUUUUAUCAAGAAGAGGAAAAAAAGUACUUUUGUCCUCCUGCCAGAAAAAAAAUGUUGAAUUGUGGGUAAAGCUUUUCCUAUUUGACUCAAAGUUUUAUUUGUAAAGCAUGCUUCAUGUUGAACUUUCGAGUUGACCAUCAAUGUCCCCUAGUUUAGUUUCUGAGCAGGUGUGUUGGUAUGAACAGCAGUGUGUCAGAAUUGGUCCCUCUUAUGACAAAUUGCAAACAGAGACGGGUAACUGAUUUCCUAUCUCUGUGCUUUGAGUAUUUAUGGUGUGAAAUUUAUCAUUUGGCAUUGGUGUACAUUGAUAUCUCUGAUUGUUGAUUCAACAAUAUCUGUGUAACUUUGAUUUUUAAAAGGUAAAGGAUCGAUAAAUUAAACACUCACUGAACUCUGA